AGAUCGGUCGCCAGUCGCACGGAUCGAGCGCGCGGCUCUUGUGAUGCACUGUAGCGGAGACCGACUGGAGAGCGACAGAGGAAAGAACAGCCCAAUAGCCCCGAUUUAACGUCUGGUACUGUGUCAGAAGUCUCGCUUUAAUCGGCACCGUGUUUAUUCAUUCUAAUCGUUUUUUUUUUUUUUUACGAACCUGGAUUUAAACAUUACCGGAGUUUAAUGUCGGAUUAUUGUGCAUUGGAUAUUAUCCCAUAACUAAGUGAUGGAACUGAGGAGAUCCAGAGGCUCCCCUGUGAACUACAAAUUCAAGCAGGCAACAUGAAGAAGGACGUCCCGAUCACCCUGACAACCAGAAGAGCAAGUCCAAUCGGACCUUACGCCAUGAUUACCCAUAGCAAUCUCUUUGGACUUUAAAGGAUUACAAAGGUCAAACUUUCCUUCGCAACAGAAGGAGAAACUAGUUUAGACUCUUCUCCCCUUUUCCUCUCUCUCCCUCCUCCUUUCUUUAACUAGGAGGAAAGGCAUCUGCAAAUCUACUGUCCAUAGCUUGUCAGCGAUUGGAUAGUUUACUCAUGUGCAUGGCCUACGACUGUUACUUAGCCUACCUACGACUGUUAUCCCAACUACCACCCAACUCCCUGCUGAUUUUGUAUUAAAUCUCUCAGCAGUGUCAAACAUAUCUGAGUACACUUUUGGAUACAACUGUGGAUACUCCCUCUAGAAUUGGAUACUUACUCUAAGACUUUUAAAUCACAUCCAAUGCUAUCUAAGCUUUCAGGAAUAUAAACUCAUUCAUCCUCUUCCUCCUCCUUGUUGACUAUGGAUGUGCUGGGCUUGUCUGCGAGGCUGCAGCUGCUGCUCUCGGCCUUCCUGGGUGUGUGUCUGAGCCUGGAGUUCACAGGGGCCCCCGGCCAGUGGGCCCGCUACCUCCGCUGGGACGCCAGCACACGUAGCGACCUCAGCUUCCAGUUCAAGACAGACGUGUCCACGGCACUGCUGCUCUACUUCGACGACAGUGGCUACUGCGACUUCCUGCAGCUGAUGGUCGUGGAGGGCAAGUUGCAGCUGCGCUUCAGCAUCGACUGCGCCGAGACUGCCGUGGUGUCCGACAAGCGGGUCAACGACAGCAGCUGGCACUUUGCCACACUGAGCCGCUACGGCCUGCGGACGGUGCUGGGGCUGGACGGCCAGGUCAAGGCGGACGAGGUGCGGCCCACCGGAGGUAGCCGCCAGCACAUGAAAAUUGUUAGCGAUCUGUUCCUGGGUGGCGUGCCGCUGGACAUCCGUACGUCAGCACUCACGCUGCCCACGGCACGUGAUGCCCCACCCUUCAGAGGAACAAUCUCAGAUCUGAAGUACGGGAACACAGAACCGGUUCUCCUCAGCAGCUUGAGGGUUCGUCUGGAGUCGGAGGGGCGCUGUACCGAGAACCCGUGCGAGAACAGUGGGAGCUGCACCGUGGUGGAUGGGGAACCCAUGUGCGACUGCUCCAAAACAGAAUACAAGGGCCGCUUCUGCAAUGAAGAGGUCAACAAUAAUAUUCCAGGAUUUUCACAUAUGAUGAUGGCGGAGCAAGCUAAAAGCAAAGCACGGGAGGAGAACGUGGCCACGUUCCGCGGCUCCGAGUACUUCUGUUACGACCUGUCCCAGAACCCCAUCCAGAGCAGCAGCGACGAGAUCACGCUCUCCUUCAAGACGUGGCAGCGCAACGGCCUGAUCCUCCACACGGGGAAGUCGGCCGACUACGUCAACCUGGCCCUGAAGGACGGGGCGGUGAGCCUGGUCAUCAACCUGGGAUCAGGGGCCUUCGAGGCCAUCGUGGAGCCCGUCAACGGGAAGUUCAACGACAACACCUGGCACGACGUCAAGGUCACGCGCAACCUGAGACAGCAAUCAGGCAUUGGACACGCUAUGGUGACGAUAUCAGUUGACGGUAUCCUGACGACCACGGGGUAUACCCAGGAGGACUACACCAUGCUGGGCUCAGAUGACUUCUUCUACGUGGGUGGAAGCCCCAGCACCGCCGACCUGCCUGGGUCUCCUGUCAGCAACAACUUCAUGGGCUGCCUCAAAGAGGUGGUCUACAAGAAUAACGAUAUCCGUCUGGAGCUCUCCCGUCUGGCCCGCAUCGUAGACCCAAAGAUGAAGAUCCAGGGGGACGUGGUCUUCAAGUGUGAGAACGUGGCCACCCUGGACCCUAUCUCCUUCGAGACCCCCGAGGCCUACAUCAGCCUGCCCAAGUGGAACACCAAGAGAAUGGGCUCCAUCUCCUUUGACUUCAGGACCUCGGAACCCAACGGACUCAUCCUGUUCACCCACGGCAAGCCCCAGGAACGCAAGGAGGCCCAACGCAGCCAGAAGAACACCAAGGUCGACUUCUUUGCGGUGGAGCUCCUGGAUGGCAGUCUAUACCUACUGUUAGACAUGGGCUCUGGGACCAUCAAGGUCAAAGCCACCCAGAACAAGGUCAACGACGGGGCCUGGUACCACGUGGACAUACAGAGGGAUGGGCGUUCAGGCACCAUCUCAGUCAACAGCCGGCGCACCCCGUUCACAGCCAGCGGUGAGAGUGAGAUCCUUGACCUGGAAGGAGACAUGUACCUGGGGGGUCUACCCUCGGACCGUGCCAACCUCAUUCUGCCCACCGAGCUGUGGACCGCCAUGCUCAACUAUGGCUACGUGGGCUGCGUGCGCGACCUGUUCAUCGACGGGCGCAGUAAGGACAUCCGACAGAUCGCUGAGGCUCAGAACGGGGCAGGCAUCAAGCCGUCGUGCAACAAGGUGGUGGGGAAACAGUGCGAGAGCUACCCAUGUAAGAACAGAGGCGUCUGUAAGGAGGGAUGGAACCGGUUUAUAUGUGAUUGUACCGGCACGGGGUACUGGUCACGCACCUGCGAGAGAGAGGCAUCCAUCUUGAGUUAUGACGGCAGUAUGUACAUGAAGGUGGUGAUGCCCCAGGUGAUGCACACAGAGGCUGAGGACGUGUCUCUACGUUUCAUGUCCCAGCGGGCCUACGGCCUGCUCAUGGCCACCACCUCACGGGACUCGGCCGACACGCUGCGUCUAGAGCUGGACGGGGGGCGGGUCAAGCUCACGGUCAACCUAGACUGUAUCAGGAUAAACUGUACUUCCAGCAAGGGACCCGAGACCCUGUAUGCUGGGCAAAAACUCAAUGAUAAUGAGUGGCAUACGGUGCGCGUGGUCCGCCGGGGAAAAACCUACAAGCUCACGGUGGACGAUGACGUAGCAGAAGGCCAGAUGGCGGGUGACCACACCCGUCUUGAGUUCCACAACAUCGAGACGGGCAUCAUGACAGAGAGACGCUUCGUCUCGGCCAUCCCCUCUAGCUUCAUCGGACACCUGCAGAGCCUCAGGUUCAACGGGAUGCUGUACAUUGAUCUCUGUAAGAACGGAGACAUCGACUUCUGCGAGCUAAACGCCCGGUUUGGCAUGCGCUCCAUCAUCGCUGACCCUGUGACCUUCAAGUCCAAGAGCAGCUACCUGAGCCUGGCCACCCUGCAGGCCUACACCUCUAUGCACCUGUUCUUCCAGUUCAAAACCACCUCCCCGGACGGCUUCAUAAUGUUCAACAGUGGAGACGGAAACGACUUCAUCGCUGUGGAGCUAGUCAAAGGGUACAUCCACUACGUGUUUGACCUUGGCAAUGGGCCUAACGUCAUCAAGGGUAACAGCGACCGGGCUCUCCAUGACAACCAGUGGCACAACGUGGUCAUCACCCGUGACAACAGCAACAUCCACACGCUGAAGGUGGACGCCAAGGCAACCAGCCAGGUGGUCAAUGGAGCCAAAAACCUUGACCUGAAAGGUGACCUGUUUAUUGCUGGACUGGGCCCUGGUAUGUACGGUAGCCUGCCCAAGCUGGUGGCGUCCCGGGAUGGCUUCCAAGGCUGCCUGGCCUCUGUGGACCUCAACGGCCGCCUCCCUGACCUCCUCCAGGACGCGCUGUUCCGCAGCGGGCAGAUUGAGCGAGGAUGCGAAGUUGGUUUCACCAAAGCUGACCUACAAGGUCCUAGCACCACCUGCCAAGAGGACUCAUGUGCCAACAUGGGCGUCUGUAUCCAGCAGUGGGAGAACUACACCUGCGACUGCUCCAUGACCUCCUACACCGGCACUCAGUGCAAUGAUCCUGGGAUGACUUAUAUCUUUGGGAAAGGAGGAGGCCUCAUUACGUUCAACUGGCCAGCCAACGAGAGGCCAAGCACGCGCACAGACAGACUGACCAUAGGGUUCAGUACUUCCCUAAAGGAUGGCAUCUUGGUCCGGAUAGACAGUGCUCCGGGUCUGGGAGACUAUCUCAUGCUCCACAUCGAACAAGGGAAGAUCGGUGUGACGUUUAACAUCGGCACAAUGGACAUCAGUGUGAGAGAGAGCAGCACCCCUGUGAAUGACGGGAAGUACCAUGUGGUGCGGUUCACCAGGAAUGGGGGCAACGCCACCCUCCAGGUGGACAACUGGUCCAUCAACGAACACUUCCCAGGAGCGACAACCGAUAAUGAACGCCUUGAAAUUGCCACUAAGAAAUUCCCAUUGAAAUACGCCCGGCCAGUAGUGGACUGGCUACAAGAGAAAGGUCGUCAGCUAACGAUAUUCAACACCCAGGCCACAGUCACCAUCGGUGGCAGCGACCGCAGUCGGCCCUUCCAGGGUCAGCUGUCCGGCCUCUACUACAACGGCCUCAAGGUCCUCAACAUGGCUGCCGAGGGCAACCCCAACAUCAAGAUCAACGGCAGUGUCCGAUUGGUAGGCGACGUGCCCUCUGUGGCCGGGUCGGCUCGCACCACCGCCCAGCCCCCCGAGAUGUCCACCACCUUUAUUGAGACCACCACCACCAUGUCCACCACCACCACCCGCAAGCACCGCUCCUCUCCCACCAUACAGCAGACAACGGAUGACAUCGUGUCGUCAGCAGAGUGUUCGAGUGAUGACGAGGACCUGGAGGAGUGCGACUCUGGCCAUGCAGGUGGGCUAGGAGGUGAAUUAGUGAUCCCAGUACUCUUAGAGGAACCGUUAGUGCUGCCCCCUGUAGCUACUCGUGCACCCUCCAUCCCCCUUCCCCCAACCCUCCGCCCACCCCUCACCAUUAUUGAGACCACCAAAGAGUCCCUGUCCACGGCCACUGAGGCGGGGGUACCUUGCUUGUCGGAUCGAGGCAGCGAUGAUUGUGAUGAUGAUGAUGAUGAUGGCUUGGUGAUAUCGGGGUAUGGCUCAGGGGAAGCGUUCAACUCUAACCUGCCCCCUACUGAUGAUGAAGAUUUUUACACCACCUUCUCCUUGGUAACAGAUAAGACCUUGUCCACGUCGGCCUUUGAAGGUGGCUACAAAGUUCAUGCGCCCAAGUGGGAAACCAAGGACUUUAGCUCUAACAAACCGUCCUCAGAACGCGGUAGGACUACCACUACCGCUGCGCUGCCGCUAGCCCCCGACCAGAGCCGCUACACCUCCACCGCAACCCUGCACCACACGCCACCCGCCAAGCUGCCUGCCGGCAAAAUGAAUAACCGCGAGCUAAAACCCCAGCCUGACGUAGUGUUGCUCCCGUUGCCCACACUACCCUAUGAGGUAGACAGCACCAAGCAGAGGGCUCCUGUAAUAACCUCCCCCAUGUUCCGUAAUGUACCCACAGCCCUGCCCACCCAGCCCGGCGUCAACCGAGUCCCGGGACCCCCGGAAGUGUCCCGCCAGUCUAGCAGCACCACCGGGAUGGUCGUCGGGAUAGUGGCGGCCGCCGCCCUGUGCAUCCUCAUCCUCCUGUACGCCAUGUAUAAGUACAGGAACAGGGACGAGGGCUCCUACCAGGUGGAUGAGAGCAGGAAUUACAUCACCAACUCGGCCACGCAGAGCAAUGGAGCCGUCAUGAAGGACAAACAGCAGAGCGCAAAAGGCAGCAAAGUAAAACAGAAAAACAAGGACAAGGAGUAUUACGUGUGAGUGACGGACGUUGCGAGAUAAUAAAAAAAAGAGAGAGAAAGCGAGGAAGAGAAAGGGAAAGAAAUAUAUAGAACUUUAUUUAACAGUUUACCUUCUAAGGAGCUGCGACGACGAAAGAUGGUAAAAAUGGAACUGUUACUUCAUGCUGUGCAGAGUGGUUGAACUAUGACAUGUUCUGUAAUAUAAAGCACACUUACUAUUGUAAGCAUACCGAGAAGGCUAAUAGCAACUUUAGUGACCUUACUCUUCUAUCUGGUCGGAGACGUAAUCAGUGUAGAACUACUUCACGGCUACUGCAUCAUUAUCCUAAGUGACUUUUAGAGCUAUGUGAUCCUUAACGUAAAUUCUAGUUUUUUUUUUUUUGUAAACCUGUACAAAAUGAAGAUAUUCAUAUAUCUUGACCAUUUCCAGCAUGUAAGCGACAUGUAGUGCUUAACAAGAGUGAGUGGGUCAGGAUAAAAAGGAUCAUUGUAAAGUCAAUGAAAAAAAUUGACUCCUGUCGUAAAAAGAUAUGACUAAUUUGUAUUGUUUAUACAUUAUAAACGUGUGGUGUCUUAAAACGUUUAAAAAAACAAGUACUACUUUAUGUAUCAAAUGAAACCAAGUGAGCUCAAAUGGCUAAGGAUAGAUCUCUUAGGGUCUCUUCAGAUCUCAUAAUUCUGUCAUCUGAUCUCGACCUGAUUACUCUCAUUGUGUGACGGACGGACAGAGUGACUCUGACGUGAUCGUGGCGAGAAGUGGUUGGUUUUUCUUGUCUCGGUAAAAAGCAACUGAUUGUAAUGCAUGCCCAUCCUACUGCGACAGCCAAGUACAGUACAGUACAAUAUACAGUGUUCAACUUUGCUUGAGCAGUCCAGUUCUCACCAAGGCCAAACGUUAUACUACUUCAUCAUCAGGACUACACAACUCUUUUAAUUUUGUUCACCUAAAAACCUAAACAAAGAAAAUGUGAUUAUCCCUGACGACAAAAAGGACUAAUAUUGGUUUACAGCCAGUGCUGGUUGUAUCUUUUGCAGGCCUCUGUGUGUUGGUUCAUCGCCUCUUGUUCUAUUUUCUAUGGAGCUGUCCCAUUGAGGACAGAAUGCAGUACUAUAACACUGUUAAAGAUGUCUAUACAGAAAUAAAUCUAACGUGAAAAGUGUGAAUUCUUGUCACAGUCAACUGUGUCAAACAAACAAUUUUGUUUACAUAUUUUAUUACAUUAUAGCCAUUGUACGUUGUAGAUGUUGUACAUACCAUCUAAGUUGUAAUUUUCUAGUACUUCUAUUGUACAGAAUGAUCAUAUGGUUUAUCACUGUAUUUCAUGAAGAAAAAUCCAUAACUGUUAACUGACAUGAAGAAAGACUUUGAAGCAUUGAGAACAUACACAUAUUUUGUAAAGAAAGGAGAAAAACUGUUAGGCUAGAGAUCUAAUCGCAGAUGUUUUUAAGUCGCAUGAAUAUUUGACCACUUGAAGUGUCAUAAUCAAAUACAAGACGCCCAAUCUUAAAUGUACCAAGGCUUUCUUGUUCUUCUGGGUUAUUUUAGUGUUAUUUCUAUUUUGAAAAAAUAAAGAGAAGCUAUAUUAAAGAAGAGUAUAACGGAUGGAUGCGGAGACGCAGUUCCGACAACCUCCUGAAACCCAGUGUGAUUCUUACCUCCAGGUCUGGACACUAACAAUCAUGUCAAAUCAUUCGCUUUUCAUAUUUGUUUUAUAUAUUUUUUGAAUAUAGUUUCCAUAUAUUUUUUUCACCCUGAUUUAUAAUUCCCUUUAAUUUAUGAAUAUGUCCAGAUUGUUCAUAAUCAUUGCCACUUUGAUUUUUCUGUCAUCUUUUGUUUCAUUUUUUGUUGUUGUUGAGGAUUUAGAUAUAAUUUUCUAUGAGUUUUCAUGUUUUUUCAUACCCCCCCAGGAAUUGCAUUGCAAUAAAAUGUUCUUCCCAAA